AUGCUGCGGUUAGUUCCAACUCCACGAGUAUUUAGAAGGAACCUAAAAACUUCUAUCACCGGUCUUGGUAAUCCCGAACCUCAAUACAAAGGAUCAAGACAUAAUAUUGGCUUGUAUAUUCUAGAUCAAAUAAAAUCAACGUUGGUAGGUAAUGUUCCAUAUAAAGAAAGUUUAACUGGUAGCGUACAUUAUUUAUCAAUUAAUCCUGAAUUGUUUUUGAUCCGUAGUGAUGGUGACUUCAUUAAUCUUAGUGGGAACACCAUCGUCCCUUUAUGGAGAACGCUACCAAAGGAUACACGACAUGUUGUCAUUCAUGAUGAUCUGAAUUUACCUAUGGGUAAAAUACAGUUAAGAGGGCCCGGCACUUCAUUAAGGGGGCAUAAUGGGUUGAAAAGUAUAGAUAAAAAAUUAGGCUGCAAGAACGAUUUUUAUAAAUUGAGUAUUGGAAUUGAUAGGCCAGAAAGUCAUGAGCCUAACGUAGUAGCUAAAUAUGUUUUGGACAAAAUAGAUCCAUCCCAAUUGAAAAAUAUUAAUAAGCAAGCAAUGUCAAAUGUGUUAGAAGUAUUACGAAAAGAAAAACUUAUCUAA